AUAUCAUUUGGCAAUCUUUCUAAUCUAACAAGUUACCAAUUUGCACCAAUUUUGUAAAUGCUGCCAAUUGAGGAUUCACAUUAUUUCAGUUUGCACUUGAAAUAAUUCCUAUGAGCCACUCAGCCAUUCAUGAGGGCUAAUUUUUUCAGAAAAAAAACCCCUCUCUUUUUGUACAUAUUUCAGAAUUUUAGAAAACCUGAUUGAAUUGUAUCAGAUGUGGUCUGCUACUCAAUGGGUGAAAUUGAAGCAUAUAAAUGGAAAAAAAAGUGGAUUGAAACAUAAAGAGAAGGUGAGAAAAUAGUGGCAAUUGAAAGUAGGCAUUUGGAACAUGACCACUACACUAUAACCGUGCUCAUUGAAAAGAGAGAUAAUGUAAGUGGUAGAAAUUUAAAAUGUACAUUUUUUUUUCUUUCAGUUGCACUGUGUCAUUGGAGGAGAAAAACCAAGAAGUCGCGGAUCAGGAAAGCGUGAUAGAAGGUAUGAUCCUGGUAUGAUCAGUGAAUGGGCUCUAGUCCAAUCAAUCCAAGUCUUGAGACCAAGAUCGAGUCACUUUACCCAUUACAAAUGCAAAGACAAUGAAAACGCACACAUCCACACACCCUCACACAGACACACACACACAUAUAUAUAUAAAUAUAUAUAUAUAUACAUACACCAAAAUCACUGAAUUACUACUGAACCACUAAAAGAGGUCUAAUUUUCAAAAUUAUUCGAAAGUCUAAAAUUUUCUGAAAGUGUUUGAUGGCUCAACCUAAUUUAUCAUUAAAUAUGCGUAUGAUUCUGACCAAAUUUACCAUGCCGACCAAACUAUACAUUUAUAAUUCUUUCAUCUUCAUUAUGUAGCACAAUGCGGUCAUCGUGUCCUGUCAUGCUAAAGUUGCUGGCUUCCGUGGAUGGGAAGAAACUUCGCUUAUCGUCCAUGGUAUCAGAGCAUAAUCAUGAGGUGUCAGAGGCACUGUUUCGCCACCUGCCUCAGCAGAGGAAACUGUCUGAUGAUGAGAGGGAGGAAGUAAUGGGAUUUCUUGCAAUGGAUGCCAACAAGAAACUCAUUCAAGAGAGAAUGCAGAGCAAAACUGGGAAGGUCAUUGUGCUUCGAGAUUUAACAAACAUUGCUGCUAAGGUGAAGUGUAGAGAACAAGAUGCAGCCACCAUUGUGCGGACACUCCGUGAAAAAUAUGGUGCGACAACAGAAGUCCUGAAAGACAAGAGCAAUCAACUCACUGGCCUAUUCUUUCAAGAUCCGGAUAUGCAUCGAAUCUAUCAGGCCUAUCCGGAACUUAUCUGCGUAGAUGCAACAUACAAACUAAACAACCUCAGGAUGCCUCUCUACCUGAUUCUUGUGGAAGAUGGUAACGGUAAAAGUGAAAUAGCAGCGGCAGCAAUUCUUGCGAGUGAAAACAGAGAGAGCUUGAAAUGGCUGUUUGAAAGUUUCAAGAAACACAAUGAACACUGGCCCCAAACAGUUAACAUCAUGAGUGACAAAGAUAUGAAUGAACGAGAGGCAAUAGGAGAUGCCUUCCCUCAAGCAAGCAUGCAUGUUUGCUUGUUCCACACACUGCGGACCUUCCGUCGAGAGGUAACAGAAGGGAAGAUGGGUAUUACCAGUGGACAGAGAAUGACGGCUCUGAGGAUACUUCAGAAAAUAGCAUACAGUCAGAAUGAAGAAGAGUACAAGAAAAAUCUAACACUUCUUGAGGAGUCAUGUCCAUCUGCAGUCACACAGUAUGUGAAGGCAAACUGGGAUCCCAUCAGAGAAGAAUGGGUCCUUGGCAUGAAGAACACUUACACACUGUUAAACAACACAAACAAUCGUCUGGAGUGUCUGAAUCAGAAAGUAAAAAGCGUUGUAGGACGCUACAGCACACUGCCAGAGUUCAUAUCAAGAUUCUUUGUUUUGGUGCACUCAUUGAGAGGUGAGCGGGACCAAGAUGCAGCAAACAUAGUUCAUAAGAGGAAGGUGAUGAAGUUGCCAGAAGAUGCACCGGAAAGGAAAUACUGUGAGGUUCUUACCCCAUAUGCAGCCUCAUUAGUGAACCAGCAAUUGAGCAGAAAGGCCAGCCCAAAUUCCCAGUACAAAACAAUGCAAAAUGAAUGUAACUGUAGUUUCUACAAUGCUACUCACCUACCAUGCUGUCACAUCUUCCAGCUUAGGGCUGAGCAGGGGCUGCCAAAGUAUGACAAUGACCUGUGCCCACUGCGUUGGACCACUGCCUUCUACAAAUCCCAACAGAGGAUUUUUGUGACUCACCAGGAUCAGCACAUGGUAACACCGAGAUCUGCAGGAGUUUCAGUGGAGCAACAGCAAAUACGCCCAAUUAGCCAGCAUGCGCGCUAUAGGACAGCGAUAGACAUAACAUCAAAGUUGGCAUCUGUUGCAUCAGAGACAGCUGGACAAAUCUACCAGAACAGAAUAACAUCACUUAGAAGGAUCUACGAGAUGUGGUGCCAAGGAAAAGAAGUUACCAUAACGGAAAAACAGGAUGACAUUGAUGCCCAGGAGGCCACAGAGGUGAUGGUAGUUGACAGGAUGGACCAGGAAGAGGAGAGAGAGCAUGGAGGGGACAAUAAGGAAGGAGAGGAGGAUCAGGCUGAGGAGGAGGAGGUGGGACAGGACAAGGAGAUUAGACAAGAGGAGAGGGAAGAUGAUCUGACAGCUGUAGGUCUGCUUCAGGAAAUGCAUUUGACAGGUAUAGUAGUUGUUUGAAAGUAUUGCUUUCAUUACUAAAACAUUCUUUCAAAAGUAGUCUUUUAAGCAUGCGCAAUUAUUUUGCGCAGUUAUUUGAAAGUAAAAAUGUAUUCCAACUCGAGAUGUCAACUAAGAGAAAUUUGUAAUGAGGUUGAUGGUACACUAAAUAGCAUUCUUUCUAUGAAGAACUAUAGACAUCAUAAUAUGAGGUGUUUCAGAUUUUUUGUUUUAUAAUGGAUACUUCGAUAUCUUUUUAAUGGUUUGGUGAAACCUGUAUAAAAUUGUAAUAAUAAAACUCAUGUUUUUUUAUCUGAAAGUGUAAGAUCAUUUUCUUGUCUAUUUAGUAUCUGUCUUCUUCAGAUAUUUUAUGUGAGUGUAUAUUUUCAGAAGAUUGAUUGCAACUUAUCAUUUGUUCCUUUGUAUUGCUGAUUUGCUUUACAUAGUUAUCAAGUCUCCAGAGGUUGAGAUGAUGGAAGAGGAAAGGUUGAAGGAAUGUGAGGUAACG